UAGUUUGGGGUGAAAGGUAAAUAAUUGACCAUGCUUUUCGCCGUCGCCUUAAUUGCUUGUUGGGGCAUUGUCUCGGCCACCGUAGCCGGACCCCCGCCAGGACCUUAUGAAUCACAAAGAAUCAUAGGUGGAUCAGCGACCACCAACUACCAGUACAUAUUCACCGCCGCUUUGCUCUUUUCUCAAGCGGAGACUACAUUCACUCAACAAUGCGGUGGUUCCAUCCUUAACCAGAGAACAAUUCUCACCGCUGCUCAUUGCUUCUCCUCCGGCAUGGUUGCUACCAGAUGGCGCGCUCGUGUAGGCUCUUCCUGGGCAAAUAGCGGUGGCUACGUCCAUCUGUCGGCUGACAUCAUGAACUAUCCCCAAUAUAAUCCGAGUUACCAUGACAAUGAUUUCUCCCUCUUAAGGCUUAGCUCCCUUAUUCAGUAUAUAAGUGGUUCAGUGGGACCGGGGAGCAUUGCGGGCUCCAACUACAAUCUCGCUGACAACCAGAUUGUGUGGGCAAUUGGAUGGGGAGAAACUUGGCCUGGUGGUUCAGCAUCCGAACAGCUACGUCACGUUCAACUCUGGACAGUCAACCAGCAGGUUUGCGCACAACAAUACGCUACUCAAGGUAGUGUUAUUACCAAUAGCAUGCUGUGCGCUGGCUACUUGGACGUCGGUGGUCGCGGUCAGUGCGCGGGUGAUGAUGGCAGCCCACUGUUGCACAACAAUGUCAUUGUGGGUGUCUACUCUUGGGGAUUAGGGUGUGGUGACCCCUAUUACCCUAGUGUUAACGCUCGCAUUACUUAUGCUUCUAACUGGAUCCAAGCUAUGGCUUAAAGCACAUAUGGCACAGAAGAAACAUAAAUUUAUUAAGUUAUAAAAAUACACAAAUUUCCUGAAUAAAGA